CGCCGCGGUCCGCGUGCUCUAUGGGGAAAGCGGCCGCUCAGAGUCGAGGCGGCGGCUGCGGCGGCCGCUCGCGAGGGCUCUCGUCGCUGUUCACUGUUGUCCCCUGCUUGUCGUGCCACACGGGGGCUCCAGGCAUGAACGGUGGCACGUCCGGCUCCGGGAUGGAGCCCAAGCCUCAGCCCCAGCAGGUGCCGGCUCCGGAGAGGGAGUCAUCAGAACGCGUGCGGAGAUCUGACCCUGGUUCCGAGACGUCGCCUGAGCCUCAGUCAGGCUCUGGGCAGGGAACGGAUCUCCCGGGGUUGCGGCUGCGGUCCGAAGUGGGCCCCGGUGUAGGGGCUGGGUCGUUCACCAGGGCCUUAGCAGAACACCUGACCCCUCUGGGGUCACUAGUGGACAGUGAGCCCUUGCUCAGAUCUGAGUCUGGGUCUGGGCCAAAGCCCCUGCCUCUUCUGCGACCCGGACAGGCGAAGACACCCCUUGGACUUCCAGCGACAGGAACUGGCUCGAUUCCUAACGACCCAGUGGUCUCAUUGCCUCUGGACAGCUACAAGGGCUGGCUUCUCAAGUGGACCAACUACCUGAAGGGCUACCAACGCCGCUGGUUCGUACUUGGCAAUGGCCUGCUGUCCUACUACAGAAACCAGGGUGAAAUGGCCCACACCUGCCGUGGAACCAUCAACCUGGCCACUGUGCACAUUGGUAUGGAAGACUCUUGUGGUAUCUUGCUGACCAGUGGGGCAAGGAAUUACCACCUCAAGGGCAGUUCAGAGGUGGACCGGCAACAGUGGAUCACUGCCCUGGAGCUGGCCAAGGCCAAGGCUGUCCGCAUGAUGAGCACCCAUUCAGAUGAUUCUGGAGACGACGAGGAAAGCAGUACCUCCCCGGCUGACAAGAGCGAGCUCCAGCACACGCUGAAGAAUCUCUCCCUGAAGUUAGAUGACCUCAGCACUUGCAAUGACCUCAUCGCCAAGCACGGGGCAGCACUGCAGCGCUCCCUGAAUGAGCUGGACAGCCUCAAGAUUCCCUCAGAGAGUGGGGAGAAGCUGAAGGUUGUGAAUGAGCGGGCCACCCUCUUCCGAAUCACAUCAAAUGCUAUGAUCAAUGCCUGCAGGGACUUCUUGGAAUUAGCUGAGAUUCAUAGCCGGAAAUGGCAGCGGGCACUGCAGUAUGAGCAGGAGCAGCGUGUCCAUUUGGAAGAGACCAUUGAACAGUUGGCCAAGCAGCACAACAGUCUUGAGCGGGCCUUCCGCAGUGGUCCUGGUUGGCCUGCCAACCCCAGCAAGAGCUUCAGCGAGGGAAGCUUUUUGACUCCCAAAGGAGAGGAUAGUGAGGAAGAUGAAGAUACCGAGUACUUUGAUGCCAUGGAAGACUCUACAUCCUUCAUCACCGUGAUCACUGAGACCAACGAGGACAGAAAAGACGAAGGUGGAAACAGCACAUGUGGAACUGUAGAUUGGACCACAGCAGACAAUGUGAGUGAGGUGCUAGAUGGUGCCUCACUUGUGCCCAGGGGGUCAUACAAAGUCAAGAGGCGUGCCCGCAUACCUGACAAGCCCAACUACAGCCUUAACCUUUGGAGCAUCAUGAAGAACUGCAUUGGUCGUGAGCUCUCCAGGAUCCCCAUGCCAGUGAACUUCAAUGAGCCCCUGUCCAUGCUCCAGCGGCUGACUGAGGACCUGGAGUACCACCACCUGCUGGACAAGGCGGUGCACUGCUCCAGUUCUGUGGAACAGAUGUGCCUGGUGGCUGCGUUCUCUGUAUCCUCCUACUCCACCACUGUGCACCGCAUAGCCAAGCCCUUCAAUCCCAUGUUGGGGGAGACCUUUGAACUAGACCGCCUGGAAGACAUGGGCCUGCGCUCCCUCUGCGAGCAGGUGAGCCACCACCCCCCUUCAGCUGCCCACUAUGCAUUUUCUAAGCACGGCUGGAGCCUCUGGCAGGAAAUCACCAUCGCCAGCAAGUUCCGGGGAAAGUACAUCUCCAUCAUGCCACUCGGUGCCAUUCACUUAGAAUUCCAGGCCAGUGGAAAUCACUAUGUAUGGAGGAAAAGCACCUCAACUGUGCACAACAUCAUCGUGGGCAAGCUCUGGAUCGACCAGUCAGGGGACAUUGAGAUUGUGAACCAUAAGACCAAUGACCGAUGCCAGGUGAAGUUUGUGCCCUAUAGCUACUUCUCUAAAGAGGCAGCUCGAAAGGUGACUGGAGUGGUGAGUGAUAGCCAGGGAAAGGCCCACUAUGUGCUGUCAGGCUCAUGGGAUGAGCAGAUGGAAUGCUCCAAGAUUGUGCAGAGCAGCCCCAGCAGCCCCAGCUCUGAUGGGAAACAGAAGACGGUAUACCAGACCCUACCAGCCAAGUUACUGUGGAGGAAAUACCCACUGCCGGAGAACGCAGAAAACAUGUACUACUUCUCUGAGCUUGCACUGACCCUCAAUGAGCCUGAAAGUGGAGUGGCACCCACUGACAGCCGCCUGCGUCCGGAUCAGCGGCUGAUGGAAGAAGGACGCUGGGACCAGGCCAACACUGAAAAGCAGCGGUUGGAGGAAAAGCAGCGCCUGUCACGGCGCCGACGACUGGAGAUUUGUGCACCAGGCCGCAGCUGUGGCACAGAGGAAGCAGAGAAGGAGUCAGAUGGGUAUGUUCCGCUGUGGUUCGAGAAGAGACUGGACCCACUCACCAGAGAAACGGCCUACGUGUACAAGGGUGGCUACUGGGAAUCCAAGGAGAAGCAGGACUGGCACAUGUGCCCCAACAUCUUCUGAGUGCCACCCCUGCAGCAAAAUACAGAGACCUAUAUAGCUGGCCCCACCUUUUCUUUAAUGCACUCAAUUCAAUAUUGAAUGUUCCCCUCCCCCCAUUUUCUUUCCUCUUCCCCCACCGCCCUACAGAAAAAAAUGUGGGGAGUUUCUACCUUAGAAGGGGGAAGGGCUGACCCGGGUUCUCUCCAUCUCCUAGGUGCACCGGGUCACCUGUGCCCCUUUACCAUGGUCUUGGGCCCCAUGGGCACCCCAGCUUCCACUUAACAUAACUCAGGCUGGCUGGCCCAGGCCAUGGGCUGCCCAGGUCACCAGCCCCAAAUGAGGGAGGAACUAGCCCUUCCCUGGGAACUUCUUUUGACUUUUUUAGAAAAAGAAAAAUGACCUCUUGUUUCUUUCCAGCCAUGAUGUUUAGUAAGUAUUUUUAGUACAGCAAUUAUCAGACAGCUUUCCAAGUGUGCUUUCUUGCCACAAAUUGUCCUGGCAAGAACCCUUUUUAUGACUUCAGAAAGCCAGACACUUUUGAAUUGGGAGCAUUUUGUAGCUCAACAUGGCAAGGCCCGCUGCAUGAGCUACCCAUGCACCUGGAGCCUAGGGACCACAGACAGAGAAGGGGUCUGCCCUGGGCUAGCUGAGCACAAUUGUUCUUUGGAGUGACAACCCAUGACUCGGGUGGGGGACUGCUGAGUGCCCCCAUUUGGACUGAAAGCAGCAGCCCCGUGCCUAACCUUGACGAUGCUGGGGCAGCACCCUAGCCUAAAACAGGCCAGGAAGGGGUGAAAUGGAGGGCCCACAGGUGCUCCCCACCCUGAGAACCAGACCCCAAAUCAGCAAUAACAAACCCUCUGUACAGCCUGGGCUGGUGACCUGGACACCACAGACCUGGUAUCCCACCUCAUCCUCAGGUGGCUCCAGGGGUGCCCAUAUCAGCACUCCCUGAACUCUCUGCCUAAGAU